AUGCUGUACCCCUUGGUUUGUCUCGGUAACCCCCUUUUGGAUUUGCAGGUCGACGUCGACGCUGACUACCUUGCCAAAUACGACCUCAAGGCUGACGAUGCCAUUCUCGCCGACGAGAAACACUUGCCCAUCUACAACGAGGCCUUGAACAACAAGUCCUUGAAGUUGGUCGCUGGAGGUGCUGCCCAAAACGCCGCCAGAGGCGCCCAGUACAUCUUGCCACCAAAGUCGGUCGUCUACUUCGGCUCUGUUGGUAAGGACGUCUACGCCAAGCAGUUGAACGACGCCAACGAGCAGUAUGGCUUGAGAACAGAGUACCAGAUCCAGGAGGACCACGCCACCGGUAAGUGUGCUGCUUUGAUCACGGGUCACCACCGUUCUUUGGUCACCGACUUGGCUGCCGCCAACCACUUCAAGGCUGCUCACUUGCAGAAGCCUGAGAACUGGGCCUUGGUUGAACAGGCCAAGUACUUCUACAUUGGAGGCUUCCACUUGACUGUCUCGCCAGAGGCCAUCGAGUUGCUUGGUAAGCACGCUGCCGAGAACAACAAGGUCUUCUCCUUGAACUUCUCUGCUCCGUUCAUCCCCCAGUUCUUCAAGGACCCCUUGGACCGUUCCCUUCCUUACGUGGACUACGUGAUUGCCAACGAGUCCGAGGCUGCUGCCUACGCCGAGUCUCACGACCUCGCUGACAUCAAGGAUGACCUCGUGGCCAUUGCCAAGGCUGUCGCCAAGUUGCCCAAGGCCAACUCCAAGAGACUGAGAGUGGUCACUUUCACCCACGGCACUGAGCCCACCGUUACCGUCACCUACAACGCCGAGGCCGACUCCUUCGACGUCAAGGAGUACCCUGUCAGACCUUUGCAGGAGGGUGCUGUUGUGGACACCAACGGUGCUGGAGACGCCUUUGCUGCUGGAUUCUUGGCCUCUUUGGUUGAGGAGAAGUCCUUGGAGGAGUCCGUCAAGGUUGGCCAGUGGGCUGCUUCCUUGUCGAUCCAGCAGGUGGGUCCUACUUUCCCAUUCCCUAAGCAGACUUACAGUGCUUAA